AUGGGUUACACUUUGACUAUUAUUGGUUGUGGCGUCAUGGGCCAGGCCAUUCUCUCAUCAAUUUACAAUGCGCCAAGGGCUGAUGAUGAUUUACGCAAGUAUUAUCCUAGCAAGAUUAUUACUUGUAACCACAGCGCUUCAACAGCUGUCAGUAUCACUAAGAUGAUCAAAGGGUUCGGUGCCUCUCCAAAUGAAAUCGAGGUUGUUGCAACCUACAAAAAUAAUCUCAAGGCUGUCAGUGAGGCAAAGGUAGUUGUAUUGGGUACCAAGCCAUACUUGGUCGAGCAAAUGCUCGAGGAAAUACAGCCUGUUCUUGAAAACAAGAUCCUUGUAUCUUUGGCUGCUGGCUGGUCUAUUUCCAAAUUAGAAGCCUACACCAAAAAGGUAUCACGUGUCAUGACCAAUACUCCUGCCAAGUAUGGAUAUGGAACCGCUGUCAUUUCCCAUUCUGCAGCGAUAACCAGUGCCGACAGGAAGCUUAUGAAUCAGAUCUUCGGUCACCUUGGUCUUUGUAUUAUGCUUCCUGAGAAGAAUAUGGAUGCUGCUACUGCUCUUGUUGGCUCUGGUCCUGCCUUUGUCUUGUUAAUGCUAGAGUCUCUCAUGGAAUCUGGCUUGAAAAUGGGUAUUCCACUAAAGGAAUCCCGUGAAUGCGCUAUCAAGGUCAUCGAAGGUACUGCUAAGAUGGUUGGUGAAACAGGCCAACACCCCUCCGUUCUUAAGCACCAGAUAUGCACUCCAGGUGGUACCACCAUCGCUGGCUUGUGCAAGAUGGAAGAGAAGGGUGUGAAGGCUGGUAUUAUCAAUGGUGUUGAAGAGGCCGCCCAUGUUGCAGAGCGGUUAGGUCGUAAAUUGUAA